UCUGGAAUUCCCUGUGCAGGACAAAGGAGCAGGGACAGUUCAUUGAGUGAGGAAGACAACGGUGCCCCCUCUAGCAAUUCGGAGCAAGUUUGGCUGAAAUGCAAAUACCCAAACAGCAAGACGCAGUUGCUCGCUUAGAUAACCAGUGCUUAGAACAGGUCAGGUGGGUUCUGCAGGGCCGCGUUACGCAGGGCUUCCGCUGUCAAUCAGGACCGAGGGGACGGGGACUGGAGGCUCAUCCAAUCAGGGGCGCUGGCGCGGGGUCCUGCAAGCUGUCCAUCCGGGGAAGGGGAGGCCGCAUUCCCGCUCUCCUGACUCCCUGGCGUCUUGCACCGAGGGGAGGUUGGGAUCUCGGCUUUCCGGCCCGGAGAGGGACCAGGUGCCUCCGCCAUAGCUUCUGUCGCUCGGUCGCCUGCGAAGUGAGUGGACUGUUCGAGGGAUCCGUGGAGAGGAGGCCAGGACACCUGGAAGCUGUGAAAUGAUGUUUCAGGAUUCAGUGGCCUUUGAGGAUGUAGAUGUGAAUUUUACCCAGGAUGAGUGGGCUUUGCUGGAUCCUUCCCAGAAGAAUCUCUACAGAGAUGUAAUGCAGGAGACGUUCAGGAACCUGGCUUCUGUAGGUAAAAAAUGGAAAGAUCAGAAAAUUGAAGAUGAGUACAAAAAUCCCAGGAGUAACCUAAGAGGUCUUAUGGGAGAGAGACUCUUGGAAAGUAAAAAAGAUCAUCAGCUUGGAGAAAUUUUGACCCAGGUUCCAGAUGACAUGCUGAAGAAGAAAACUCCUCUUCGAGUAAAAUCACGUGGAGAAGUCAGCAUGGGUCAUGCAUCCCUUAGAAGUCACCUCAGAGCUGACACUGGACACAAGCCAUAUGAGUAUCAGGAAUAUGGACAGAAGCCGUAUAAAUGUACAUACUGUAAGAAAGCCUUCAGCGAUCUCCCCUACUUUCGAACACACGAAUGGGCUCACACUGGAGGGAAACCUUAUGACUGUGAGGAAUGUGGAAAAAGCUUUAUUUCCCGUUCAAGCAUUCGAAGACACAGGAUAAUGCACAGUGGAGAUGGACCCUAUAAAUGUAACUUUUGUGGGAAAGCCUUGAUGUGUCUCAGUUUGUAUCUUAUCCACAAACGAACUCACACUGGAGAGAAACCAUAUGAAUGUAAACAAUGUGGUAAAGCCUUUAGUCAUUCUGGUAGUCUUCGAAUUCAUGAAAGAACGCACACUGGGGAGAAGCCUUAUGAAUGCAGUGAAUGUGGGAAAGCAUUCCAUAGUUCCACAUGCCUUCAUGCACAUAAAAUAACUCACACUGGGGAGAAGCCAUAUGAAUGUAAACAGUGUGGGAAAGCCUUUGUUUCUUUCAAUUCCGUUCGAUAUCAUGAAAGGACGCACACUGGAGAGAAACCCUAUGAAUGUAAGCAAUGUGGGAAAGCCUUCAGAUCUGCCUCACACCUUCGAACACAUGGAAGGACUCACACUGGAGAGAAACCUUAUGCAUAAAUUAUAUGUACCAUUGCAACCUUAGAAGGUGGAGUUGGUAGCUGUACCCAAGACAACCAACACUGGGGCUGGACUCAGCAUCAGUGGCCCAGAAGAGGUACUGGAAUGUGCUUAAAAAUGCAGAGUUAUGCUGCAUUUAAGGGUAUAGAUGUAGAUUCCCUGGUUAUUGAGCACAUCCAGGGGGAACAAGGCACCCAUUAAUGUAUCACUUGACUUACAAAACUCAUGGGUAGACGAACCCAUCCACAGACUCCUGCGAUAUCCAGAUGAUGCUUAGUGAAAAGAAACACAUUGUUCCAAAAGCAGAAAAGGAGAUGAGUGUACAGAAGAAAAAGAUACCCCACAAGAAGCAUAAACUUAAGAGACAAAUUCAGCAAAAGAAAAUGCAAAUAAAACUUCAAAACAAAAAAACAACUUUAAAAAUUCAUAAAACACAAAAUGACAUACUCUGUUAUAAAGUAUGCCUUUAUGCUAGCUCGCCGAUAAAAGUUGGCAAUAAUAGGUGAAAUGAAGAUAGCUGUUGGUGACCGGCAGAUUCUGGGUCUAUGAUAGGUCAGAGAAGGAUGCUUUUCACUUUGUUUUACAUUUUUUUAAUGCCUGAUGUUGACUUGGUAGAAAGAUGAUAAUAAAUUCUUCUGUCUAUGUGUUUCUUUUAGAUUACUCGUGGACUGAAGAAAAAAA